UUACUGCCGCCAACGGUUAUCGAACUGAAAGUGAGCGCGUGUCGAGCUUUUUGUGGCGUUGUUGGUUGGGCCAACUUCGUGGGCAACUGGCGAUUGGCAGCAAACAUAAACAAACGAAGUGCGAUAUUCCUCGGAAAUCAGCUAAUUGAUAUCAGGAACGAUAUGCGACGGCCAGACUUUGGCCAAAUUUGGCCUGGCCAAAAGGAAGCGGAAGCAUUCAGGCCGCAAAAUACAUUGUAAACUCCAAGGGGAAAAAUGUAACGAAUUGUGUGCGAAUAGAAGUCGAGUUAAAAAUCAAGCAACACAAAUAUAUAUAUAUAUAUAUAUAUAUAUAUAUCUAUAUAUCCCUGUGGGAGUCGGCUCCCCCGUGUGUGUGCCGGUGUUUUUGUGUGUGUGUCUGGGGCUGGGCAAAUAAAUGCUCUUGCUACGCUUUUUUAGCCAGUUUAUCUUAAGGCGAAAUACUGUAAAAAAUUGUAAAAUGGAUUUACGUUUCGUAUUCAUCGUUUUCCUGCUCAAGUGGACCCAUGCACAAGGAUCCCAUCCCCCGCGAAUAGUGGAGCAUCCCAUAGAUACGACAGUUCCGCGACACGAGCCAGCCACGCUUAAUUGCAAAGCCGAGGGCAGCCCCACGCCCACCAUCCAGUGGUAUAAGGACGGGGUCCCCCUGAAGAUCCUGCCGGGCUCCCAUCGCAUCACCCUGCCAGCCGGCGGAUUGUUCUUCCUCAAGGUUGUCAAUUCACGUCGCGAAACAGAUGCCGGCAUCUAUUGGUGUGAGGCGAAGAACGAACUGGGCGUGGCAAGGAGCCGAAAUGCCACGUUGCAAGUGGCGGUUCUCCGCGACGAGUUCCGCCUGGAGCCGCAGAACACACGGAUCGCCCAGGGCGAUACCGCCCUCCUCGAGUGCGCCGCCCCUCGGGGAAUCCCCGAGCCAUCGGUCACCUGGAAGAAGGGCGGCCAGAAAUUGGAUUUGGAGGGCUCGAAGCGAGUACGCAUCGUUGACGGCGGCAAUUUGGCCAUCCAGGAUGCCCGGCAGACUGACGAGGGUCAAUACCAGUGCAUAGCCAAGAAUCCAGUCGGGGUGCGCGAGUCCUCGCUGGCCACGCUCAAAGUGCACGUCAAGCCGUACAUCAUCCGGGGGCCCCACGAUCAAACGGUUUUGGAGGGAGCCUCGGUGACCUUUCCCUGUCGAGUGGGUGGUGACCCCAUGCCGGAUGUUCUGUGGCUAAGGACUGCCUCGGGCGGUAAUAUGCCAUUGGAUCGCGUGAGUGUGCUGGAGGAUCGAAGUCUAAGACUAGAGAGGGUCACCAUUGCCGAUGAGGGUGAAUACAGCUGUGAGGCGGACAAUGUUGUGGGAGCCAUUACUGCAAUGGGUACUCUCACUGUUUACGCCCCCCCGAAAUUCAUCCAACGUCCUGCGAGCAAAUCCGUGGAACUGGGCGCCGAUACAUCCUUCGAAUGCCGAGCCACUGGCAAUCCAAAGCCAACCAUCUUUUGGACCAUCAAGAAUAACAGUACACUGAUAUUUCCCGGAGCCCCGCCCUUGGAUCGAUUUCACAGUCUGAACACCGAAGAAGGUCACUCUAUUCUCACUCUGACCAGAUUUCAAAGAACAGACAAGGAUCUGGUCAUACUGUGUAAUGCCAUGAAUGAAGUGGCCAGCAUUACUUCAAGGGUUCAACUCAGCUUGGACUCGCAAGAAGAUCGUCCACCACCGAUUAUAAUAUCGGGUCCGGUAAAUCAAACGCUGCCCAUUAAAUCGCUGGCCACACUUCAGUGCAAGGCUAUAGGUCUGCCGAGUCCUACGAUAUCAUGGUAUCGUGAUGGAAUACCUGUGCAGCCCAGUUCCAAGUUGAAUAUCACAACAUCUGGGGAUUUGAUCAUAUCAGACCUCGAUCGUCAGCAGGAUCAGGGAUUGUACACAUGUGUGGCCAGCUCAAGGGCUGGUAAAUCCACUUGGAGUGGUUUCCUAAGGAUAGAGUUGCCCACCAAUCCGAAUAUAAAGUUUUACAGAGCCCCCGAGCAGAAUAAAUGUCCCACUGCCCCGGGACAACCGAAAAUUCUGAAUGCCACCGCCUCGGCCUUGACAAUUGUUUGGCCCACCAGUGAUAAGGCGGGAGCUUCUUCAUUUUUGGGAUAUAGUGUGGAAAUGUAUUGCACAAAUCAGAGCAAAACCUGGAUACCCAUAGCAUCGCGAUUAAGUGAACCGAUUUUCACGGUGGAAAGUUUAACCCAUGGAGCAGCUUACAUGUUCAUAGUUCGGGCGGAAAACUCUCUGGGCUUCUCACCACCCUCACCCAUUUCGGAACCCAUAACAGCGGGAAAACUCGUGGGUGUUAGGGAUGGUAGUGAAAACUCUGGAACCUCACAACUACUUCUCAGCGAUGUGGAAACCCUGCUGCAAGCAAACGAUGUGGUGGAGUUACUGGAGGCAAAUGCUAGUGACUCGACGACCGCUCGACUUUCUUGGGACAUAGACAGUGGGCAGUACAUCGAGGGUUUCUAUCUUUAUGCCCGAGAACUCCACUCCACCGAAUACAAAAUGGUUACACUGCUCAACAAGGGUCAGGGACUCAGUUCCUGUACGGUGCCUGGAUUGGCAAAAGCGUCUACAUACGAGUUUUUUCUUGUGCCAUUUUACAAGAGCAUCGUAGGAAAGCCCUCGAAUUCGCGACGCAUGAGAACCCUGGAAGAUGUACCGGAGGCCCCACCUUAUGGCAUGGAAGCCAUCCAAUUUAAUCGCACCUCGGUCUUUUUGAAAUGGUUACCACCGCAACCAAAUCGGACUCGCAAUGGCAUCCUCACCAGCUACAAUGUGGUCGUCAAAGGCCUGGACGUGCACAAUACGACGCGGAUAUUCAAAAAUAUGACCAUAGAUGCGGCCACGCCCACCCUCCUCUUGGCCAACCUCACCACGGGAGUCACCUACUACAUCGCAGUGGCGGCUGCCACAAGGGUGGGAGUCGGACCCUUCAGCAAGCCGGCCGUCCUCCGCAUCGAUGCACGCACCCAAUCCCUGGACACCGGCUACACGAGAUAUCCCAUCAGUCGUGAUAUUGCCGAUGACUUUUUAACACAGACCUGGUUUAUCGUCCUGCUGGGCUCCAUCAUUGCCAUAAUUGUGUUUCUAUUGGGCGCAUUGGUUCUAUUCAAGCGCUAUCAAUUUAUCAAGCAGACCUCGCUGGGCAGUUUACAUGGCAAUCACGCAAUCGGAACCGUGCGAAAGUUUCCGACAUUGCCGCUAAAUGGAGGCGGAGCCGUCGGUGCCGUUGGCUCAAAUUCGACAGCCGCAACUGGGCAAAAUGGCCUGUGGAUCGAUCCCACCGGCGGCGUUUGGCGACAGGGUGCGGGAAAUGGCAAUGGGAACCCGGGUGGAGCGGGGGCAAACGGCUCAUGUACGACAAAGGAGCAACUUCCGGGAUACGCACAGGCCACCGCCCAGCAGGGACAACAGCCGACGCUGCUGCCCGAUUACGAGAGACUGUCGCCGCUGAAUAUGCCCGAUUAUGCGGAAGUCGCCUGCUCCACAUUCAAGAGUCCCACCCGCGGAGCACCACCUGGCAUGGGUGGCCAGUCGGCCUCCCUGUACGACAGCUGCGGGGCCUAUGCCACCACCAAUGUGGUGGCCAAUGUGAAGCUCUACCAGAAGCGCUAUGCGUCAAAACCGAACCAGAACAGCGCCAGCAACAACAACAAUCUGCAGGGCGGUGAUUACCAAUCGACUGGGAUGUAUUCCGCACCACCGAGUGCCCACUAUGGAUGCCUGGAGCCCAAGCAACAACAGCAGCCAAAUCUGAUGACAACCUCGACGGCAAGUACGGCCAUUUUGACAGCCUCGCCGGCCAAGGUGAAAAAGAUCAAUAUAACCGAGAAUCAAAUGGAUCAAUUGGAGGGCAAAUCGGAGCGUACGAAUCCGUUUAAUCAACAGCAGCAGUUACUCUUGGCCAGCAAUGCCUUGAAACAGGGUCUGGGCGCCUAUGCGAAUACCACUUUGGCUGCCCAAAUGGCCAGUGGUGGUGGGGCAGGAACCCUGAGGCGCCAGCGACAGCCCAAAACGCUUUACAAAAGCGAGAAUAAUAUAUUGGGAAAAUCGAAUUUGAGGCAGAGUAAUAUGAAUACGAAUGCAAAUACAAAUGGUUCUAGCAAUGGACCCAUGGACUUUCUAACCGGAGGUCCACCAUCGGAGGGUGGAGAUUUCUCUGGUUUGGGUCUCUGCAAUUCCACCAAUCAACUGCUCAACGAUUGGGCCUCCAGUGCCUCGAUCGCAGCUCCCGGGGACUAUCAUUUUGGCAGCAAGCAACCUAGCAAACAGCAUCUCUAUGUGAAGGCCAAGGAUGGCACUUGGUCAGCGGUCAGUUCGGAUGCCUAUCAAUCCUUCAAGCACCAGCAGCAACAUCAUCCCUUCCUGGCCGGAGGAUCAGCGAGGACUAUUUGGCGUCGACACAGUUGUGCCUACAUGGUUCUGGACAAUUCGAUGGAUUUUGUGAUUUGAAUUCAUUUGCUGGUCGUGGGUGGAAAUUUCAGGUAAACCCAACUAUGCUGCGGCCUGCCCACAAAACUUCCGACUGAUUCCCGGGCAGAGGGCGAGUUUCCAUCGCUGACUAGCUAAUUAAUUAUGCACUUUGUUCGCCCGCCCCAAAUCCCAAUUUGUCCUACAAAAUCAUUAAUGUAGGGAUCCCUAAUGAGACAUUGUCCAUUUUUCCCCCGGAACCUCGGCAUUUACCAUCCGUUAACUAUAAAACAUUUGCAAUUGCAAAUUCAUGAUAAACAAAAUUAUUUCAGUUUCCUGGCUCGUUUUGUUUAUUAUUGAUUUUUUGUUGUUCGUUUUUGGAUUGCUGGCAUUGUUUCAAAUUGUUAUUGACAGUUUAUGUAUGUCUGGUUUGGUUGUCCAAACUCAGGCUCUUUGAAAUUGCAACAAAACUAUGCAUUGAAAAAAUAAUAUAAAAAUGUUUGCAUGGAGAGAAGUCAAAUGAAAUGAAAAUCAAUUCGAUUAAAUGAAGCGUAAUAACACUGAACUUUUUAUUUUAAUAUUUAGUUCCAUAAGAUAGCUGGAAUUAUUAUUAAAUACAUGAAUUUUAAGCAGUAAUAAGAUGCAUGCUAUUAAAUAAAGCUGUCAGUAAGCAUUAAAACUAACUAUGAUUUCAAAUACGGUGGUGAGCAGUGUGUUUUUAAUUUAAAUUGAAUUAAAUUUAUUUAUUUAUUAUGAGAGGUGUUGUGAUUUAAGGAAGUAUUCAAAUGGAAAGUUUAUUUUGUUUUAUAUUAUUAAAGGUUAUUUCUUUUUCCUUAUGAACUUUAAAUUUUUAGUUGGUGGAAAACUAUAGGCUAUUCCCCAAAUAAGCCCAUUUAAAAUCCCUCACUUUGUUUCCUAUUUUCCUGGCAAAUUGGGAUCUUUAACUGCACUACCAGCUUAUUACCCUUGGCUGAACUUUAAGCUUUUGCCGCUCGAGCAACACCAGCUGCAGUCAAUGCCCAGGCUAAUGUAUCAGUGACCAGGCCCACACCAUUAGCUUCGACACCCCCAAAUGAAUGCCCACUGAUAUACCCACCCGACUUCCCCAUUGUAUCCCCAAACUGAAACUACAAAUAGCCUUAGUGUCCGAAACACUCGCUACCGAUAGCCACUGGCCAGGCCGAUAAAUAAGCCCAAAUUUAUCAUGAACAUGGAGCACACACAGGGAUAGAAGGUCUCGGGACUGUCCCAUAUAUCGUGGGACUAUAAUAGCAAUGGCAGCCUCAUAAUUUUUGGCACCAAAUUGCCCGAUAGGCGUUGAAGCGUUCAAUUGAAUGCCGUCUAGCCGAAGACCUUUUUCUAGUCCAUGGCCAUGUCCAUCCACGCCCACUGCCACCCAACAACUAUUGUAUAAUCAAAACUAAUGGUCUAUAAAGAAUCAAUUCGCAAUUUGUUUAGCCAGCUGCUGCCCGAUUCGAGCCGAGGACACGAGCAAA